AUGGCGCCACGGUCAACCGGCUGUGCCAACUGUCGGAAACGUAAGAUCAAAUGCGACGAAGGCCGCCCAGGAUGCAAAAAGUGCCAGAUCCACAAUACGCCAUGCCCGGGAUAUCGAGGUAUCAAACCUGACGGACUAGAAUGGCGCGACGAGACGCAGGCCGUAUCGAGGCGUGUAGAGAAGGCAUGGAAAACUGGUUCCGACAGCAGUAGUCCUGAAACCAGUAGCGAUUCCGACAGCAGUGCUCCGCCUACCAAAAGUGUCGAGGAGUUGACUUUGUUUGAGAAGCCUGCGGUGACCGGAUAUACCGUCAUACCACAGGCUAUCUUCAGUGCUGCAACCAACCGCUCGCAGAUGUUUGAUGUCAGUAUGAGACUGUACCGACCUACGACCCUGGACGAACAGCCACUGCGCGCUCAUAUCUCCGACUUUUCAUGUAUACAACGGACCAUCACCUCCAAAUCUUCACCGGCAUUGCUUGCAGCCAUCGAUACAAUCAGUUUGUUGCAACUUGGUGUAUCUUACCAAGACCAGGCAUUCUUCGAACACGCUCGCCGAAGAUACGGACAGGCAUUGACAGCAUUGGUGGUUGCACUCAAUAAGCCAAACGUGCUUGGUAAUAAUGAUGUUCUGGGUGCCAUGAAGAUACUCGAGUUCUGUGAGCUAUUCCGACCUGUAGCACAGCAAGGAAGCUGGAUCAGCCACGUAAAUGGAGUCGAAAACUUCUUAGUGCAACGGGGACCAGUCCCGCUCGUAACAGAACUUGACAAUAUGCUAUACUUCCAUGCCAGACAUUCUUCUAUUCUUCAAGGUGUUCUAAAACGCAAGGCUAUCAUUUUUGCAGAACCGAAAUGGAUGGCAGUCACUAAAAACACACCUUACACGGAUUCAUCGCCUCGUCUGUUCGAUAUUCUGAUUCACAUACCAGGCCUUUUUGAACGUGCUGAUAAUCUAAUCGCGAGUGGUGAGCCCACCUAUCUGAGUGGAGUGGUGUCUGACCUGGUCACUGCCAUUGAGCAACUCCAUGACUGGGAAGCCGGAUAUCAUGCUGAACUGAAGGAUCCGGCCUUCACGAACGUGGACAUAUCGAGGUUCAAAAGAUUCACACGACUAUGUCAUAACAAGACGUUUCCACUAGCUCUCGAUUUUCCCGAUUUUCUUACGGGAUACUUGCAGUCGAUAUAUUGGCUCUAUCUUUUCACCAUUGAGCGCACGCUUCAGGACGUCCUGAUGAAAUACCCUGGUAGCAAGUGCACCUUCUCGCUCGAUGAAGUGAACAAGCGAGUUCUGCAGACCGCCAUCAAUAUGUGUCAGAUGAUGCCAUACUUCUGCGAGCCGGAUGCUGCAUCGAUGGGUCGCUUUGCCACCUUCAUGCCUCUGGUGUUUGCUCUCAGAUAUUUUGAAGCCCGCGGAAUGAAGACACAACAGGAUUGGUGUCAGGAUGUCACCGAUGCCAUGUUCAACGAUGGCAUUAACCCACCAUGGAAGUUGGACCUGGCCAAAGGAUUGAAGCCAGGUGAGAAGAAACAGAUUGUAUAG